AUGUCAAUAUCAAACAAUCAAUCUUUGGAAAGAGAAAUUUUCUAUAAUUGUACAUUGCCAAGAUUUGGUUCGUUAUGUCAAUAUGAAAUUAACUAUGUUCAUAAAAACUAUUCAUCUCUAUAUGAUAUGAUCAAUGAUUACUAUAAAGAGCGAUACUUCAAUCCUGAAGUAAACUGUUAUACUCAUUUACAAUGUAAUCGUGGUCCAUCACCAGCUUGUUUGGAUUGGACAGAGAUUUGUGAUGGUCAAGUAGAUUGCAUCGAUGAUAAAGUGGAUGAAAAAGAUUGUUGGAAAAUUGAAAUUCAUGUAUGUCAAGAUGAUGAAUUCCAAUGUUCGAAUGGACAAUGUAUACCUAUGGCUUUUUAUCAUGAUGAUGAGAUUAAUGAAGACUGUGCUGACAUGACAGAUGAACAUUCGCCACAACUAAGAAAAUCGUUGCGCUUCAUUUAUAAACAGCCGUCAUUUAUAAUUGAAGAGAAUCAAUUUCGUUCACUACCCAUCGGAAAUCUUAAUUUCGACGAAGAUGAAAAUAUUGCUUUAGCUAGAACGAAGCUUUUAUUUCAACACGUUUGUGAUGGAUUAACUCAUCUGAUUCCAAUAAAUAAUGACAAACAAAAUGAAACAGAAUGUGAACAAUGGCCGUGUAAUAACAUUUAUACUCAUUGUGAUGGCAUUUGGGAUUGUCCGAAGGGUGAGGAUGAAACCGGUCGUUAUUCGUUUACAACAUUGAAUUGUUCAUCAAAUCAACAUUUAUGUGUGUUACCUGAUACAAAUCAAUUUACAUGUAUACCACUUGAAAAAAUAAAUGAUAACAACAUCGAUUGUCUUGGUGCUACUGAUGAACCAACACUGUGCCAAAAAUACGACUAUGCAUACAAUUACAGAAGUUUCUUAUGUAAAAACUCAAGUUCGCAAAGAUGCAUAAAUCUUGCUCAUUUAUGCAACGGUAAAUUCGACUGUGAAUAUGGUGAUGAUGAACAAUUUUGUAUGAAACGUUACAAGUAUGGACUGUCCUCCUCAUAUUACAACGUUUCUCAUUCUGAAGUUGAGCAAUUUUUCUAUAAAGAAUUAGUAACCAAAAGUCGAUCAUUUAUUAAACACUUUUCAUUAGAUGGAUUGACGGAACUCAAUACGGAUAAUCAAACAACUAGUAUUAGACCAUCAGGAAUUAUUCGAUUUCCACAGGAAUAUGAACUUAUGAUGAACAGAAAGAAUCCAUGUUCUCGAGGUAUUCAAUUACGCGUUUGGUUCAGUGAGCAAAAUAAUUCAACAACAAAUAUAUGUCUUUGUCCGCCUAGUUAUUAUGGUGAUCAUUGUCAAAAUCAAAAUCAACGUGUCAGUUUAACUAUGGCAUUUCGAGUAAUGUCUGAUUCUCGAUCAACAUUAUUUGCAAUUAUAAUGUCAUUGAUUGAUGAUAGUGAACAAAGAAUUAUUCAUUCAUACGAACAAUUGAGUUAUUUAUCGGUUAGAGAUUGUAAAGCUAAAUUUAAUGUGUAUUUAGUUUAUUCAAAUCGACCAAAAUCUCAAACAAGAAAUUAUUCAAU